AUGUCCAAUCGUGGCACCCGAGCGCCUCCGGGGGCAUUACUCGAGCUAGGCGCAACCUUCGACAGCUUCUUUUACAUCCUCGGGCAACUAACGAGGAGCCCGACAAAGUUGUCGAGCCGAUUUUUAUUCACCCCCUUGCCAUCGAGCAAUCGCGCCUCCCGCGGGGCCAAACGAUGA